AUGGGCAAAGUGAAUUCGAAUCGGUCCAAGAAGAAGGAGGUUUGUAGUGGUUCCGGUGUAGCUCAGCUAACUGGGAAGAAGCGGAAAAACGAAGGGACGUUGUUAGCGAACAAAGACGUGAAUGCCAAGCGAUCAAAGAAGGUUGCGAAAAAGGUGUGUUCCCAAAGGUUGGAGUAUGAAGAGGAAGAAGAGAUCAGUGUGCUACAAGGUAUUCUUGAUUGUUAUGCUGUAACAGGGAAGAAUCCUUUUGUUAAUAUGAAGGAAACUUUCGAGUUCAUGAAGGAAUAUACAAAUUUAGAGUCUUUCGACGAAUUCGUAGAGAAGAUGAAUAGUUUGAAGAAGAAAUUAAUGGAUCAAAGGAGUAAUGCUAAAGAACCAUCUACCUCGGAUUGUUACUACCAGAAAGUUUCUAAGUUGUUGACAUUGAGUUCGGGAGAUGAUGUGGGAUCUGCCGUUGAGAAACCAAAGAGGAGUAAGCGGGUUGUAAAGCCUAAAGAAGAGAAGCAAACAGUGAUGCGUCGUGAAGGCGAAAAAUGA